AUGACAGCCUGCAGUCAGACACAGCAAAGUGGAGGAGUUGUAUAUCAAAUAGUAACCUGUACAGAAAUUAUUUUUAAUAUUUGAGGCCAUAUGAGUAAACAGAAAUAAUGAUGGCCUACACAAAACCACCCGUAGACCCCGAUUUGUUAAGAUUUUCGGAAAAAAAUGACUACGAUGCUUUAGCAAAAUAUUUAAUCGGCAACAACUACCGCUAUCGGGAAAAUAUUAUAAUUCCAAGGAUUUUGGGUCCAGUCAUAAUUAAAACAAACGAAGAAAAGAUGAUAGAAGCUACAGUGGAAAGCUGUCCGUUCAAAUCAUUAACAAGUUGCAUCAUUGGUUAUGGGCUGGGAGCAGCUGUUGGCUUGUUUACAUCAUCUCUGAUGCCAAACGUCACUGACCCUAUGGCACAACAAAAUCAAACUGCAAGAGAAAUUUUACGUGAGAUGAAGGGUUCCAUGUUAAGUUAUGCAAAAAACUUCGCCAUUCUUGGAGCAGUAUUCUCAGGUGUUGAAUGCUGCAUAGAAAGUGCUCGCGGUAAAUCUGACUGGAAGAAUGGUACGUACGCAGGAGGCGUCACCGGAGGACUCAUUGGAUUGAGAGGUGGACUGAAAGCAGGUUUAUUUGGUGCGGCUGGAUUUGCCGCGUUCUCGACGGUAAUCGACUACUACAUGCACCAAAGAUCCUGAGAUCAAUGUAUUUUUAUUAGUUAAUAAAUAGCUUUAUUUUAAAUUUAA